UAGCGUUAUCGUUCAUAGACAGUGACACAGCACUGGAUUUGACUCCCGGCAACUUCGAGCUAGGUUUUACAUUUACUUUUUUAUUUUACAGUUAUUACUAGUAUUUUAAACAGCCUGUAGCCUGAAUGUAUUAUUUCUCACAGUUCCACCACCAGAAGCUUUAUUAAACUUUUAUUUGCUACCGGGAACCUAGCUAGCUGGCAACUCUGUAGUGACUAAGUAACUUUCUAGAAGGUUAGCCGCAUUGUCGUUUCGAAGAAAUCGUUUUGGGUUAUCAUGGACCAAACUGAUUCUUAUCCAGUGAAACUUUACGUUUAUGACCUGUCCAGAGGGAUGGCCCGUCAGCUGAGUGCUUCCAUGCUGGGGAGACAUAUUGAUGGGAUAUGGCACACGGGUGUUGUGGUCCACGGGAAAGAGCACUACUUUGGUGGAUCAACAGGCAUCACCAAUUGUCCACCUGGAGGCACCCUGUUGGGACCGCCUGAUUCUGUAGUCGACAUGGGCUUUACUGAAGUGCCUGAAGACCUUUUUAAGGAGUAUUUAACUUCACUGGGAGAGUCCAAGUACAGAGGUGCCAAUUACAACUUGUUUGAGAACAACUGCAACACUUUCAGCAGUGAAGUGGCUCAAUUCCUGACAGGCAGAAAGAUCCCAUCCUACAUCACAGACCUUCCAUCUGACAUCCUAUCCACACCAUUUGGCCAGGCUCUCCGUCCCUUCUUGGAUUCCAUGGUCAUAAAUCCUGGAGGCAACAACCUGGCUGGGCAAUGAUAGACAGAGUCGUGGAUUUUAGAAGAUAUCUGAUAACAUCCCUGCCUGUGGCUGGCAAGUCACUUUUAUAUUUAAUCAGCCAUCACUUAUUGUUAUUGAGUUUUAUGGUGUUAUUCAACGUACUCUGAGGUGUAUGUGAGGGGUGAAGGUGUGACAGACGCUCUGGACAGGGGACUAAAAAUGGAUCUUAUACGUGUGUGUGUGUGUGUGUGUGUGUGUGUGUGUGUGUGUACAUUAACGUGUUUAAGAUUACGUUUUCUUGGGUCAGCAGGAUCAUUAUACAUGCAUAUCCUCUGGAUUUGUAUUCAAAGUUGUCAUUUUAGAGGCAGGAUUCAUCCUCUCAUGCACUGCUAUUUAUGAGAGGCUUUUUAGCAGGUAUUGUCAUCCUCUCCUGAGGUGCUUCAUUAUGUCUGUCAUUGUGGCAGUCUGUCACAAAGUGUAUUACAGUUAGAUGACUGCUCCAGAAAAUUGAAUGAUGAAGAGUCCAUGAAUCGUACUAUCAUCACAUAACCAGCACUGGCCUUGUCUUCCAACCUUUCUGCUUUAAUGUGUCUAAAGGAUGUCUCAGUUUUAGUCAUUCACACAGAUAAUGAGAAUUUGUAAUAGUUUUCAUGGACAGCAGACCUUAUUGUGUCUUUCUCCAGAGAUCUUGUGAGGCAGACAGAUGGCAUGUAAGGAUUCCUAAGUUUAAAUCUGACAUUUAUAGAAUUAAAUGAAACCUUUUCUUUGAUAUUUAUCUAUGUAUGAAGUUUUCAUAGUGACUUUUUAAAAUUAGAAUUAGUUUAGGAACUACUCAAAUAAGUUCCUAGAUGCAUUUAAAGAUCACUGGCAGGGCCGAUACUUUGUUUCUUGCUCUAAGACUUUAUUACAAAAAGUAUUCAUGUUGAAAAUUAGACUCUGAUUGUGUUGCUUUGGUAACAAAUUGCUAGAUGUGUAUCAAAAUACACAAAGUGCCAGGAUGUAACUGGAGACUUUUAGUUUUUUUGUCAAAAAUCCGAAUCUGAAUUUGAGUCCGAUACCAAAAAUGAGGUAUUUGUUCCUUAGUGCAUUGUCACAUUUUGGUCAGUUUGUUUAUUUAACGUGUCAUGCUGUGUUCUGCCUUUUCUUCAGUGUGAGUGUGAAAUCGUUUCCACUUUUUCUGUCCGUCAUCCCAAUAAUGUAAAAACUACUAACUUGAAUUCUAUGGAAUUUGGUGGAGAGGAAGAAAAAAUGUAAUUUGGUGCCUUAAUUUUUUCUUGUGUGUUUUUACUGUUUGUAUUCCUGUAGUUAUUAGAACAGGACGUAUUUGAAGGCCAGCUCAGUUAAACCUGUUCUGCUGGGUCGUCUGGCUUUAAAAAUAUCGUUUGACCAAAUCUAAAGUUUUAUCUUCAGCAUGCCACCUCCAAGUUAUGUAUUUCGUCCAGAAACGUGAUGAAAACAGGGAAUUAUAUUUUUUUAUUUAUAUUUUAAAUUCAGGACCACUCAGCUUUACAGCUUUCAUUUGCUUUGUUGGGUUUAGAAUUUUUUCAGUUUAUAAACACACUGUUUCAUAUACAUUAUACAUAUUUGACUGUUUAUAUUUGCAUGAUUAAAGCAGGCAUAGGAAAAUUAUGCGUAUCAACCACUUACCUCCAUCACUGUUUUAGCAAACGGUGUUUAAUUGUUGUGUUUGGGACAUCUUUACUCUAAAUAUUGUUGAACCUGUUGGUCUUUCACCAUCCUGAUCCUACAUAAAGGGUAUGUGUAGAUCAUUAAUGCACAAGUCUUAAAAAGGCCAUCAUUUUGCUUAUAUUCAAAUAUAAAUAGGUCUUCAGUUUAUUCAGAUUGUGAAUCUAAAAUGACUGAAUUGAACCUGAAUUUGUUGAGGGGAAAAAAUGUACUUAAAAAAAAAAAAAAGAUGUUUGCUUACAAGCAGAGGGUCACACGUGGUUUAGACAAAUAUUUGUCUUAAAAUGAUUAAUAAAAAUGUUCGUCUGACAUCUAAACCACCAUAGGUGGUAACCCUACCCUAAUCCUAUAUUUUGGAAAGAGGCCAAACCUUUUUUGGUGAGCAUGUGAGGUGUUUUGAUGUGUCUAAGUUAGUAUGUUUAUUUUCUUUGUUCCCCGAUUCCCGAAACCUGGGCUGUUUAAACUGGGGUGAUCAUCGAUGAUGAUCUAGACCUCACAAGGCAAAUGUUUAACUCUGCACUUUAUUAAAUGUGUGACAUUUUCAAAUACUAUCUUCCAUUAAAAUUGUUAUUCUCUGAA